GCGACAUAAUGUUAGAAGGCCUACUGAGUAAAGGUUACAGAGUAAUGUGGCUGUGCAGGGGAACCGCACUGGCCCUUUAAACAGCUCUCCUCCCCGUCUCUCCCAGCGUCUUGCUCUCUUCCCCAUUUCGCUGCUUUGUUUUCAUUGUCGCUCUUCUGAUCAUGGCUGCUCAUUCUACUGAAGAACCGUUCCCCUUCCACGGGCUGCUCCCCAAAAAAGAAACUGGCGCCGCGUCUUUUCUCACCAGGUUCCCCGAGUACGAUGGCCGAGGAGUGCUCAUCGCUAUCCUCGACACCGGCGUGGAUCCCGGGGCCCCCGGCAUGCAGGUGACAACUGAGGGGAAGCCAAAGAUCAUCGACAUCAUCGAUACAACAGGCAGUGGUGACGUGAACAUGACCAUGGUGGCAGAACCUAAAGAUGGGACAAUCACUGGCCUCUCUGGUAGAACACUUAAGAUCCCUCCUGCCUGGGUCAAUCCAUCAGGGAAGUAUCACAUUGGAGUUAAAAAUGGUUAUGAGUUCUUCCCUAAGGCUCUUAAGGAAAGAAUACAGAAAGAGCGGAAGGAGAAGAUGUGGGACCCACCACACAGAGCAGCACUUGCUGAGGUCUCUCGCAAGACAGAAGAGUUUGACCUCUCUCACCCAACACCCUCACAGAUGGAGAAGUUGCAGAAAGAAGAGCUGCAGAGUCAGUCAGAGCUGCUGGCAUCACUAGAAAAGAAGUACAGUGAUCCUGGUCCUGUAUAUGACUGUGUGCUUUGGAACGACGGCAUCACAUGGAAGGCUGUAGUCGACACUUCAGAGUGUGGCGAGCUGUCCCAGUGCACUGUGCUGAGCUCUUACAGAGAGAAGCAAGAGUAUGCCACGUUAGGAAAUGCUGAGAUGCUUAACUACUCUGUUAAUAUUUAUGAUGAGGGAAACACGCUCUGCAUCGUCACCAGUGGAGGGGCUCAUGGGACACAUGUGGCAAGCAUUGCAGCAGGUUACUUCCCAGAGGAACCUGAACGCAACGGCGUGGCCCCCGGUGCUCAAAUCCUGGCUCUGAAGAUUGGAGACACCCGUCUCAGCACCAUGGAAACAGGCACAGGGCUCAUCCGCGCGAUGAUUGAAGUCAUCAACUACAAGUGUGACCUGGUUAACUAUAGCUAUGGGGAAGCCACCCACUGGCCCAAUUCAGGGAGGAUUUGUGAGGUGAUCACGGAGGCUGUGCAGAAGCACAAUGUGAUGUUUGUUUCAAGUGCAGGAAACAAUGGCCCGUGCCUCUCCACGGUCGGCUGCCCAGGUGGAACCACCAGCAGUGUCAUAGGAGUUGGAGCAUAUGUGACUCCAGACAUGAUGGUGGCAGAGUAUUCCCUGAGGGAGAAGCUGCCUCCCAACCAGUACACCUGGUCGUCCAGGGGCCCCAGUACAGACGGGGCCCUGGGGGUCAGCAUCAGUGCCCCUGGCGGUGCCAUUGCAUCAGUACCGAACUGGACUCUUCGUGGUACCCAGCUGAUGAACGGCACAUCCAUGUCAUCCCCUAAUGCCUGUGGAGGCAUCGCACUAAUCCUCUCAGGACUGAAGCAGAAUGGGAUCUGUCCUUCUGUUCCUGCGGUGAGGAGAGCCCUGGAAAACACAGCUCUGAAGGUUGAAGACAUUGAGGUGUUUGCACAGGGCCAUGGAAUAAUCCAGGUGGACAGGGCAUUAGACUACCUCACUCAACACGCCUCUUUACCCACAAGCCACCUAGGCUUCUCCGUAAGUGUGGGAACACAGAAAGGCAUCUACCUCAGAGACCCAGCCCAAAUUCUUGCACCCUCAGAUCAUGGAGUAGGAAUUGAACCCAUCUUCCCAGAGAACACAGGAAACUCUGAGCGAAUCUCCUUGCAGCUACACUUGGCGCUAACAUGUGCCGCCCCGUGGGUCCAGUGCCCCUCCCAUCUAGAGCUGAUGAACCAGUGUCGUCACGUUAAUGUCCGCAUCGAUCCUGUGGGACUGAGAGAGGGAGUGCACUACACGGAGGUGUGUGGGUAUGAUACAGCAGCACCUACCUGUGGCCCCCUUUUCAGAGUUCCAAUCACAGUUAUUAUCCCUGCAAAAGUGACAGAUGGUCGCAAUCAGGAGGUGUGUUUCACAGAUGUCCACUUCAGACCAGGCCAGAUCAGACGCCACUUCAUCACUGUUCCUCAGGGAGCCUCCUGGGCAGAGAUCACACUGACCUCUCAUUCGGGAGAUGUGUCGUCAAAGUUUGUUCUCCAUGCGGUGCAUCUCGUCAAACAGAGAGCAUACAGAGCUAAUGAAUUCUACAAGUUCUCUUCACUGUUGGAAAGAGGCUCACUAACUGAGGCCUUCCCUGUGCUGUCAGGUAGGGUAGUAGAGUUGUGCAUUGCACGCUGGUGGGCGAGCCUGGGCGACGUCACAGUCGACUACAGCAUCUUGUUCCACGGACUCAACACUUCCCCUUCACCCCUGCACAUACAUGCCUCAGAGGGUGUGACGAGUUUUGAUGUGUCGUCGCCUCUGAGGUACGAGGAGGUGUCCCCCACUAUCACCCUCAAGUCCUGGGUUCAGCCUCUCAGGCCCUUAAGUUCAAAGAUUAAAGCCCUGGGAGUGAGGGACGUUCUGCCUAAUAACAGACAACUCUACGAGAUUGUCCUCACCUACAGUUUUCACCAGCCUAAGAGUGGAGAGGUUACCCCUAGCUGUCCCAUGCUGUGUGAGCUGCUGUACGAGUCUGAGUUCGACAGUCAGCUCUGGAUGCUGUUUGAUCAGAACAAGAGGCUACUGGGCUCAGGGGACGCCUACCCACACCAGUAUUCUCUGAAGCUGGAAAAGGGAGACUACACUGUGCGUCUGCAGGUCCGCCACGAGCAAUCCAGUGAGCUGGAGCGCCUUAAGGACCUACCCUUUGUGGUUUCUCACCGUCUGUCCACCACACUCAGUCUAGAUGUCUACGAGACACACCGGGCUGCCCUCAUGGCCAAGAAGAAGGCGAACUCUGUCACUUUGUGCCCGGGCAUCACACAACCCUUCUACGUCACAGCCCUGCCAGAUGACAAGAUCCCAAAGGGGACGAGUCCAGGAUGCUAUCUUUCAGGCUCUCUGGUUGUCCCUAAGAGCGAGUAUGGCAAGAAAGCAGGGCAGGCCUCUGCAAAACGACAAGGGAAGUUUAAAAAGGAUAUUGUUCCAGUCGUCUACCACUUAAUUCCUGCUCCCAACAAAACAAAGAAUGGAGGGAAGGAGAAGGACAAGGAAGGAGACAAAGAGAAAGAUGUGAAGGAGGAGUUUGCAGAAGCUUUGAGAGACUUAAAGAUUCAGUGGAUGACAAAGUUGGACUCCAGCUCCGUCUAUGAUGAACUGAGGGAAAACUACUCGGACUACCUUCCACUGCAUGUGCAAAGACUGCACCAGCUGGACUCUGAAAAGGAGCGUGUAAAACGUCUCAGGGAGGUGAUAUCAGCAGCUGACAUCGUCCUCUCCCACAUUGACCAGACGGCCUUGGCUGUUUACCUCACCAUGAAGACAGACCCUCGGCCUGAUGCCGCUUCUAUCAAGACUGACAUGGAGAAGCAGAAGUCGUCUUUGCUGGACGCUCUGUGUAGGAAGGGCUGUGCUCUGGCUGACCAGCUCCUGCUGCCCCCUGCGCCGCAGGAUGGUGCCGUUGCUGUCGCCACGGGACAAACGGCAGCAGAGGAGGUUGUGGAACAGGUGGCCAGCAGUUCUGACGACACCCUACACAGCGUGGCCAAAGCCCUGAUGGAUACAUUUUGGGAGGUGCAGAAGUGGGUGGAGCUAACUGACUCCAAGGUGUUGAUGUUUUCAUACAAACACGCCCUUGUCAACAAGAUGUAUGGCCGAGCUUUAAAAUACGCCUCAAAGAUGGUGGAGGAGAAGCCCAGCAAAGAGAACAUGAGGAACUGCAUCCAGCUGAUGCGACACCUCCGAUGGACACAUUGCGCCAACUUCAGUGAGAACUGGCUCCCUGUCAUGUACCCCGCAGACUUCACACCUUUCUAGGCACACACACACACACACACACACACACACACACACACACACACACACACACACACGCAUGAGCAGCAUGGCCAUACACGGUCCAUUACAUGGUAACUUCGAUCUUAUGUCCCUCAGGGUCACAUGGUCUAUGCAUCUGGUUUUUCAAAAUGUAGAUGUAGGUGAACACCAAAAUGAAUGGUAACACUGAGUGUAAAUGGUUUGAUGCGCUCGACACCUUUUAUAGGGCGAGGGAUCAAGUUCGUCCUGUCUUUUUAAUGUUUUGUUGAACAUCACAUGAACGUCACAUUUAAUGCUCAAAACUCUUGCCAAGGCUUGUUGAUACUGUAGCUCAGUGCUUUCUUAGUUGGGUGUUGAAUCCUUUUAUUUUGGUGUCAUCUACACAGUUGGAAGCUUUCACAUCCACCCAUUCUCAGCUGUCCGGACUCUGUAUCAUAUAAAUAACCUCAUUCUCCUGUGUAAAUACUAUAAAAGGACCAGUGUGGACUCCAGGGAUGCAUCCCAAGUCUUUUUAAAAAAAAAAAAAAAAAAAAAAAAGCAAAAAAUCGACAGCAGAAAAACUGGUCAUUAUGAGGAGGGGAGGACUUGCUGCUGCACGAUAUUCGGACAGACGAGGGCACGCAGAGUCUACCUGAUCCCUGAAAUAAAAGGGAGGCUUGGACAGAACUUAAUAUCUUUUUUCUUUGUUUUUUGAUUGUUCCAGCCAGGCCAGGCUGAUAAAAUUAAUAUUUAGUCUUGUCUGUCUUUUUAGGCUCAGACUCGUGUAUGCAGUCUCAGAACACAAAACAGUGUUGAGGUGCCUUUCUACAUGUACCUUACCUUUUCUGAUGGGAUGAAAAACAAUGCGUGGGUUUUGACCACAGGAAGCUGCAGAAUCAGUAGCGUCAGUCAACACUCAGCCACUCGCAGUUAUUUCACCCAUCAGCCUUUGGUGUCAAAUGUGGUUUUAAAGCUCAUUUCGGCUGUAUGACGUGUUCGUGCACUGUAUGCAGGCCGUCAGUGACUAAUAGGUAAUAGGAAGCCACAAACACACUUUCUUGGCUUCUACUUACCCCCCAGAGGUGUUGGCCACCCACUUCAUACUACUGUUACCUGAGUAGCACAUUUGACGACCAUCCAACUGACCUCACUAUCACAACAGAUGCAGUUGUGGGCAGCGGUAGGAUGUUCAGAUCAGAUUUCAUUGUAAAAUGUUCACACAGUGUUAGACGUUUCUCUGCAGCAUUCAAAAUGUUGCAUUUGUACACAGUGUCAUAAAAUAAUGUACAUACACAUAACGUAAAAAAUAGUCAGAUGCAAUAGGUAUAUAAUACAAAUAUUAUUCUAAUUGAUGUAUUUUGCAUAUAUGCAUGUCUUCUAGGAUGUUAGGAAAAAAAACUGUUUUAUUUGGAAGCAGAUUUUAGUUUGUCUCAAUUUGAAAGAUUUUAAAUCCCAAACAAGAUUCUGACGAUAUCCACUGGUGUUACUUUCAUGAGUGUGUGUUUGUGAAUGACUUUACGUGUACUUGUGAGCAUAUUCUGUGUACAUGAACAUUUUCUCCCAACAGAACUGAAAUGAUAGCCAUUUAGAGGGGGUAUGAGAAUUGUUUUUUUUCUUCAGAUACCUUAUUUACUUUAAAGGACUGUGCCAGUGGUUUUAUACGUUUUAACUGAUUUACUACAAAUCACAUAUACUUUACCUCACAGCUAACCGUUUUGCAUAUUAUCUUAUUUAGACCAGGCAGCUGUUGGGUUUCAUUAAUUUCUUCACAAUAUAAUAAUAUUAGCUGACUUCCUAAACUUGCUUGAGUUGUAUAAAUCUAUAGUGAACACCAAGUCUGCAUUAAAGGCCCUGAAAACCACAUUUCUCCAUCUUUUUACUAUGAGCGAUGGGGUCCUACAUGAACACACAAACAAGUUGGAACAGUUUUCAUUAUUUCACAUGAGAGAUUUCUGUUUCAGAGGUUUGAGGUGGUACAGGCCUAUUUCUCAGCACUAAUCAGGAUUUACCAAUCUUUUAAUGAAAACAUAAUUUAACUACACCCACACAGUCCUGAUGAAGCAGAUUAGCUGAGUUUUUGAAUGUUAAACUCUUAAUAAAUAAUAACCAACAAUGUUUUUUUCCACCACUAACUUUAACUUUGAUUGGUGCUUGUUUAGUCAUGAACAUUAAGUGUCAAAGUACAUAUUCGAAACCACGUUUUCAGGGGAUUUCUUUUAUUGAAGUUGCGAUGUUGCUGCUUGGCAGUACAGUGUAAAUGCAUUUUGAUUUGAAAAGUCUUCAGAGCUUCACUCUGCAAAGAAAAUGCAACUCAGACAACAAUGAAUGCAGACUUCAUGUUCACUGUGAUGAAACACAACUUGAAAGAGUACUCCACCGAUUUUAGCAUCGCACUCCUAUGACAUUGUCGAACUAACGAUGGACAAUUUUAAAUUUGUUUUUGUUUUUAAGUAUCAAAAUCGAUACAGAGAUAUCAUCUUUUUUUAUUCCACACAUUCUUCCUUGUCAAAACCUGCCGCCUACAUUACCUACAAUGCAACCUGACCGUUGACCGCUCGGUCCGAGUUUCAGGUCUGUUAUGGUAGUAGCGGCUAAUAUAGCCUGCCGCUAGCCUCAAGCAGAGAUGAGGAGCGGGCUACAGAGGUCUCACUUCUUUCUAACUCCUCAACCCCAGAUUAUUUUCAUUUUCCAAACUUAUAGUCUUCAAGUGACAUCACUUGAGGACAUUUAUCAGAUUUCACGCAGCUCCCUCUGUGGCCACGAAACGCUUUUAUACAACUUUUCUCACAUAUUCAGUUGUACUCCCCAAGACCAGCAAACAGACUGAUGUGUUACAUCGGUGGACUUCCCCUUUGAGCAAGUUUGAAGAGUCUACCAUUUGCUUGUCAUGUCAUAUGGAAAUUAAUGGGAAACAGUAUGGAAUGGUUGGUUGGUAAAAUGCAUCUGAAAAUGUAAAAAACCUGCACCGCGUGCAAGUUUGGAGGUAAAACUAAAAAACACUGGUAUGGUCUUUUUAAAAUAUCUCACCUGAAUCAUGUAACAAACAAAGACACAUGGCUGUCAGUUUUCACAGCGCCAGUGCAAAAGAGUACCAUGCUAAAGAUACAUAUUCACUUUUUGUCUUUUAUAUUUGUGAUUCUCAAACUUUUUCGCUUGUGAGAUUUUCUGUCACAGUCUAGUAUUUCUUUAACCAAAGAAUGACUUUGCUAUGUCAAGUUGGUUUAAUUGUUAAAGAAAGUAUGAAGGCUGAAAAUGAAAGUUUAUCAGAAAGAAUAAAAAUGAUAAAAUUGGGCAUAAUAAUAUUGAAUAGAAGAAGAAAAUGGAUUUGCCCUCAAAUGAUCAAACUCCUGUGUUAGAACCACUGGUCUAGACAUAAUGGCUCUGAAUUGUGGUCUUUCACUGUUGUUUCUCACAAGUGGAAGGCGCAUGCUUUAAGAAUAUAAAAGCAGCUGCUUUCAAGCCAAGGCCUUUCGUCCUCAUCAGAGUAAAUAAUCUUUUCUGGGAUGACCGUACAUACACAGCGAAUCAGUGGUUACAACUCAUGUUUACCCAGGGGUAAUAACACUGUGCGGCCUCAGCACAGGGCCUCUCCAAGUGCGCAGGGGUUUACUGGAGUCAGUUGGGUUUGGUUUCUGACACAAUUUGUGCUCAUCAUCUUUACUUUUUGCAUCUUCUUUUCUUUGUCCUUUCCCCUCCCUCCUCUUUUCUCUUUCCUGUGUUUGGGGUUUGGUUCAGACAGAUAUCACGUUCAGGGCUCAGCUGUCUAUAGUACGCGUUGCCAAUGACAGUCUCUCCGAAAAUGGCCUUAACUUUCACCACAGGACUGGUACCGUCCAUUUCUGGCACCAAACAGACUUCUCAUAUCUGUUGCUCUCAUUCUGCUGGUGUCAGGAAACACUUCAGAAAUGCUUCUUCUGGAUGUUGAGUGUUUAUAUUUAUAGUCAUAAAUCUAGUAAAUGCCAAUAUUUUACAGAAUGUUAUGAGAUAAGGUUGUAUGCUCUUAGUAUUAUUUUAUACUCAUUUCUUCCUCGAUGACGUGGGAAAGACCCGAGCUACUGUCACCCUAUUUUGUGGUCACAUGGAAUUAAGUCACAAACAAGGAAAACAACACUGAAUAAAAAUGAUUUGGAAGAA